CCCAUAUCGGCGGGGCGAGCGAGCCAUGUCAGAGUUCCAGAUUUCGGUGGAAGAGCUCAACGACCUGCUGGCCAACGGCAGCGGCUGUUACAGCCUCCCCAGCGCGCACAGUAACGAAGUGGCUCCCCGCAUCCACGUGGGCAACGCGUUCAUAGCCAAAAAUGUCAUGCGCUUACAACGCCUGGGUAUCACCCAUGUCCUCAAUGCAGCAGAAGGCAAGUCUUUCAUGCAUGUGAAUACAAAUGCUGAAUUUUAUGAAGGAACUGGUAUCACCUACCAUGGCAUCAAGGCCAAUGACACCCAGGAGUUCAACCUCAGCCGUUAUUUUGAAGAAGCUGCUGAUUUUAUCGAUAAGGCAUUAGCACAGAAAGAUGGUCGAGUGUUUGUCCACUGCCGUGAAGGCUACAGUCGCUCACCGACCCUUGUCAUCGCUUACCUCAUGCUUCGGCAGAACAUGGACGUCAAAAGUGCUGUCAGCACCGUCCGGCAGAAACGGGAGAUUGGCCCCAACGAUGGCUUCUUGAAGCAGCUGUGCCAGCUUAAUGAGAGGCUGGUGGUGGAGGGCAAGCUGAAGAAGGCAUAGCCACUGCCUAGCCCAUGGCCUCUCUGCACUCCUCGCCAAAACACUGUUAGUUGCUUUGGGUUGAGAGCACCGGCUGCCAGGCUGCACAAGCGAGGCAGGAGAAAGCUCCAGUUGCUUCCACAAAGGCUGGGUGGGCCUGGUGGUUUCAAGUAGGUACCAGAGAAUUACUGCAGUAUUGUGGCACCCUUAAUGUGGACCCCCACCUUGUCCAGCCAGGCACCAGCUCACAUAUCUUUAUUUUGGAAUCUGUUGAGUAUAGUUUGUGUAUGUAUGAGAGAGAGGAAGAAAGUUGAAGGGCUUGGGUUCGAAGCAUUUUGUACCAUGACUGUAAGUCUUAAGUUUCACAGGAUCUGAUUUUGCUCUUGUCCUCAUUUGUUUAGCCAGCUGUUCCUUCCCCCAUCCCCCUUGUAGAUUUAGUGGAGGGUCUCCUUCUUCACAUGUUUAGAGGUAAAGGCUGUCCUUUAUGUGGGUGACAGCCUAGGUCAAAGGUGUGGGCUUGAGGGGUUGGGUUCUAGUCCAUAUGGUUCAUGCGCAGGGAGCAUUGGGGUUCUUUGUGAUUUCCCCAGAAGGUUUGUAUAAAUAACCCACAUUCUAAAACUGUAGACCUCAGGUGGCAGAGCAGUGGUGGGUUAAUUUCUCCAGCUGCUGAGUCCUGGGAGGGUUUUAGAGCAGGUAGCCCUACCUUGCUGAACCAGACUUUGCCGUUCAGCUCCAAUCUAUUUCCCAAUUCUAAGAAUGGUAGAAUUUAAAAAUGAAACUAACUAUUGAGGUUAUCUAGUCUGCAUGUAAAUGUGCACGCGCACACACAUACAUGCAGAUUCAGUACAAGAAUGUGCAAGUAUAGCUCCCCUUGACAGCUGGCUCUCCAAGUUGCUUAAUACCUUCAGCAAAGGAAAUCCCAUUUUCUUCUGAGGCAAGUUAAUUCCACCAUCCAGCAGUUCUUAGCCACUAAUAUUUUAGAUGUGCUAAUGUUUUGCUGCAGUCUUCUUCCUUGGCCCUUCUACCCAUUGCUUCAAUUCUUACCUUCUAGAGCAACAGAGAACACGCCUGCUCCUUUUUCUGCAUCGUACAUUUCAGCUAUUUGAAGAGAGCUGUAUGGUUGCCUCUUAGUGGUGAUGCUGGGCACUCCCAUUCUCUGGAACAAGGCUGCUUUCUAGAAUAGGACAUGAGCAAUAAAUUGACUUAGCCCGGAUUAGGGUCAAGAAUUUCUGCAAAGAGGCACAUCUGGCUGUCAAAUACAUGUGUGGGAGUGUUUGUGUGUAUACGCACACAUACUACCAUCACCACCACAUAUCUCUUUGCUUAUGCUAGUUGAAGUAGGCCCCUUGGAUCAUCACAAGAUGGGAGAGUUAAUGUUUAGUAAAAAGAAGCACAAUUUCUCGUCACCAUGUAAUCUUUCUGUAUAGCUGUGUUUGAUAUGUAUGUGGAUAUAAAAUAUAUGUUAUACCGAGACACGCACACAUACACAUGCACAUAUACAAGCAAUGAAAAAGCCAUCUAAGAACAAGCUGUUAGUUUAUUAGCUGUAGUAAUAUUUUGUAUAUAUUGUUGAUAUAGGUGGGUUUACAGCUUCUGGUGUUAGAAGCAAAUUCUCCCUCCUCCCUCCCCCCCUUUUCUCUGUUCUGUUUUUUCCCUCUUGUGUGUCUACAAAGUCACCAGGACAGACCUCUGGUUCCAAUACAGUUGAUAUAUUUUGGCUGUGCUAGGCUGCUGUGAAAUGGCUGAUUUCCUGUUGAGCUUCAGUGAGGGAUAUUAGCAACCUGCUUCCCUGUGGCCAAAGGUCUUUGCCUAUAGUAAUAAUACUUUUUGAAAUGCUGUAUUUGGUAAGUGGAACAAAUUAGCCUAAAUAAGCUGAUCAAGUGAUUUAAUUUAUUCUGGCAACACAGAUAUUUAUAGCGUUGUGUGAGAGCUGUGUUGUAUAGAAUUCUGUGUGGUUACGUUUGAGAUCUGUCUCUCUUCCACCCUGCCCCCAAUCUUAUUUUCUACAUGAUAGCACUGAACAGAAAUUUUUCAGAAUAGAUUUUUCUGACUGGGCUUUCCAGAAUGGUCGUCUUUUUAUCCCUCUUAAAACGAUCAUUGGCUAGAGAUUAUGAAAUUAUAUUCUAGCAACAGAUUGAGAUAGGCUGCUAUAUGUUUUUAUUUUAUUUUAUUCCACUGCAUGGAAUACAAAGACACUGUAUUUUUUAUUUUUAUUUUUUGAGGUGUGAGGGAGAUACAUGGGUGUAAUUUUGCUCCCUGGUCUACCUCUUGUUUCUACCCAGUCUGCAGUGGCUUCUGGCCAAGUUGAUGACAUCAGGGGGGCCCAAGUUCAAAUCUCAGUUCAGCCUUUGGAUGGUGCUGGGCUGCUUCUUAUCUCUCAGCAAAACCAACUUCCCUGUAUUGUUGUGAACAUUAAAAAUGGGGCAGGAAAAAUUACACUGCCUUAUGUUCAUUGGAGAAAAGGUGAGCUAUUGAAUCAAUAGAAUAUUUGCCCUGCCUUUUUCUCCCAUGUAUUUUCCCCCCAAUCAUGUGCUGGUACCCAUACUUCUUACAGCCAUAUUGGUGUAGUUGCUGAUCAAAGCACAGAUUUAGAGUGCUCUCUUGGGUUCACAAAGUAAUAUUCUAAAAAUGGCAGACCCAAUAAUGUAAAUAGCUUUAAAAAAAAAAACCCUACAGAACUUUUAAAUGAAUUGUAAAACCUUUUGGGUUACAGGUAGUUCCUAGGUUAAGAAUGCCCUGUGUAAGGAUGACCCAUAGUUAAGAACGGAGCCUAUUGUAGCAAAAUUUGAAUUAAAUACACAAUGAUUCAAGUUA